AUGGCGGCCCCGAAUAGACUGGUAUCUCUUGCCUUUGAAGCCGUCACUACACCGCACAUUCAUGGUGGUUAUAGCGUACUACACGCAGCAUGUAUGGAAAAGGAUGUUAGAACUUGCAAAACUAUUUUGUCUUGUAGCCCCAGCAAACUGGACACUAUAAUAGCCUUGAAUGUUAGAGUUCCUAAGAGGUUAAUAGACACGUGCCAGACCAAAGCAACAUUGAGAGAUCUUGCCAAAAACAGGAACUGCUCUUCAGAAUUAUUGCAGGUUCUCGAAAAGGCUGAAAAAAAUACACAGCAUUUGUCCCUCGUUCACGAAGCAGCAAAGAACGGGAGUGCCAGACACAUGAAAAGAGUUUUAAAGCUAGGAGAAGACGUAAACAAGCCGUCCCCAUUUCGAGAUGACGGAGAAGCCGCGCCCAUUUUAAUUGCGGCAGCAUCGAAUUCGUGUGAAGUUGUACGAUUUUUGGCUGAAAACGGUGCAAACGUUGAUGCAAAGGACAGGAGCAGAAGAGGUGUUCUUCACUACGCAGCUAUGGGAGGAAAUAAAGAAACAGUCUUGUACCUACUUCGUUUGGGUGUUCCUGUGGACAGUCAGUCAACAUGGGGUAGAAGUGCGUUGCAUAUGGCUGCUGUGAAGGGUCAUGCAGAAACUUUAGCCGUUCUUAUUCACAAUGGAGCAGAUCUCCAUGCAUCUACAGGAUUUGGUGACACUGCUCUCUUGCUUGCUGCAGAAGAAGGAUGUCUAGAAUGUGUUAAGACACUUGUUCAAAAUGGAAGCAGUGUGGAUAUGUCAAACAUGGCCUGUUACACUCCUCUUCAUAAUGCAGCUAAAGAAGGCCACUUAGAAGUUGUCUCUUACCUGUUAAAAAAGGGAAGUCAUGUGAAUGCUGUGUCUGCUAAAAGAGAAACACCACUCAGCCUAGCAGUGCGAAAAAUUAACAACAAAGAAAUUGUUGCAGUGUUACUUUUAAGUGGAAGCAGUGUAAAUUUGGCUGAUCGGUAUGGAAGGACCCCACUUCACUACUCUACUGACAAAGAAAUUGCUGAACUUUUAGUUAACAACAGUGCAGACAUUCAUGUUGGAGACUUUGAGGGCAAAACACCACUGUUCUUAGCAGCUCUAGAUGGUUAUGAAGAGGUUGUUGAGUUCCUUAUUAAAAGAGGAGGUGAUGUCAAUAAGCGGGGUGAUUCUGGUGAUACACCACUCCAUGAAGCAGCAAUUAGGGGACACACCAAUAUUGCACAAAUACUGUUGCAACACGGGGCCAACAUCAAUGCAAGGAGAGUGACAGGGGAGACUCCUUUGUUUCUUGCAGCCAUAGCCUGCAAGGGUAAAAUGAAACAACUCUUAAUUUCCCAUGGUGCUGAUAUGAAUAUUUCAACUCUAGAGAAUGAAUGA